GAAAAUUGGAUGGGUCCAGUCGGUCUUCCACUGCGAAUGUCCAAGUCUUCUUUCUUCCUCUACACCGUCUUUCUUUAUCAUUUUUUUUCUUUUGCCUCUGGAACUCUGUACCUGACUGGGUUCAGGCAAAUUUUCCAUCUCUUGCCCGCAAAGUCUAUCUCUCUCUUCGUCUAUUUGUCCGAUUGAAAUGUUGUCGCUGCCCUUAUCACUGCGACUGUGACCGCUUUUAUGCGGCCUUGUCUUGGACAUCUGAAUUCUUCGCCGAUUCGUACUUUCGAACCCCAUCCUCAAUUCUCGAUGAACUGAGGCCUGGUAUUUCCGCUCUAAUCUCAUCUACUGCCAUUGAAGUUGCCCAGGAACAGGCCUGAAGGAAGACUUCAUAAGCAAUGUCGAACAAUGCCUCUUAUGCAGUGACGCAGGUGAAAACAACCUCCACACCCUCAAAAACCACCUUCCACUUCGCAGCAGGUCUCUGUUCAGGACUAACGUCCUCAAUCCUCCUACAACCCGCGGACCUCCUCAAAACCCGCAUCCAACAAUCCCAGUCCGCAUCCCUCCUCCCAACCCUGAAAGCAAUCCUCUCAUCCCCGCAACCAAUCCGCGGACUAUGGCGCGGCACGCUCCCCUCCGCGCUGCGCACCGGCUUCGGCUCAGCACUGUACUUCACAAGCCUGAACUCGCUGCGCCAAAGCCUCGCCCAAACAGGGACGCCACUCGCCCUGGCCAACGGCCCUAAGAAUCCGACCAACACCAGCACCACCAGCGCAACUACAUCCUCCUCGUCCGCCCUCCCCAAACUCUCCAACACCGCCAACCUAGCCACGGGCGCCGCGGCGCGGGUGGCAGCGGGAUUCGUGAUGAUGCCAGUGACGGUGCUGAAGGUGCGAUACGAAUCGGACUUCUAUGCAUACCGCAGCCUGAUGAGCGCGGGGCGCGACAUCGUGCGCACGGAGGGCGUGCGCGGGCUGUUCUCGGGCUUCGGCGCCACGGCCGCCCGGGACGCGCCCUACGCCGGGUUGUACGUGCUGUUCUACGAGCAGUUGAAGCGUCAUCUGGCCUCGUUGGCCAGUAGUACCCCAUCAGAGAGUCAGCAACAACCACUUCGAUCGCCGUCGUCCUCAUCGAUUAACUUCGUCUCGGGAGGACUGGCCGCGGGUCUGGCCACGGCGAUCACGAAUCCUUUUGACGCGGUCAAGACGCGCCUGCAGCUUAUGCCGGGUCGGUACGGUAACAUGAUGCGUGCUGCCAGGCUGAUGGUCAGUGAGGACGGCGUGCGGAGCCUCUUCGGCGGGCUGGGUCUGCGUAUCACGAGGAAGGCUCUUAGCUCGGCGCUCGCCUGGACGGUCUACGAGGAACUGAUUCUCCGCGCUGAGGUCCAGUGGGCUGCGCAGGGUGAGUCGCGCUCUUAAAGCUGAUGAAGGAAAUCGAAUCUUGGUCUUUUCGGAAGCGCUUGCAUCUUAUCUUGUUUCCUCGGUUCCGAUUUUAUUUUUGGGUUUCCAUUACGAAAUACAUAGAUGAAGAAGAAGGGAGGCUCGAGCAAUCUUUUCUUUCAGCAUCAGAAUCAAUUGUAUCAUAUGUUGUUAUUAACUCCUUUGGAAAGGGAAAAGAGAAAAAAAAAUCCAUCACACAAAUCCC